AUGGCGACAGAGUCACGCGCAAAAGUCCCUGCUAGGUUCACUCUCUUUCAAGACCUCCCGACUGAGUUGCGUAUCCACAUAUGGGAAGAUGCACUGCCCGACGAGAUCAAGCCGGCACUCUACUCGUACAAGCCAGGCUGCUGGAAACCUCGACAAAUGACGGAAUCCGAGUACAACUACGACCCCAGCAACGCAGACAACAACUGGUUAAUCGAGUUCAACCAUCGCAUGCUCGGCGACGCGCCGCUGAAUAUUCCCCUGCUAUGGGUCAACAGUGAGGCGCGCGACGUCGUCGUUGCCUGGGCGGCCAAGCAGGGCCUCGAGAUGCGAGAGUCCGAAGGCGAAGACAAACGCAUACGGGGCCCCGUUCCCAUGCGUCCUUUCCAUCCAGAACAAGACGCCUUGUACGUCUCGCUUGACGACUGGGAUGGAUUCAUGAACGAGGUGCUCGAGCUGCCCUUCACACUGGGUUGGGACCAAAUGGAUCGGCAGUUCGGCACGCAAUGCGAAGUCUACAAAGUCGCCGUGCCGGAGACUUUGUUUCGAGAGCGGGAUGCCGCGUGGAGGUCGCUGCCCGAGCUCUUCCAGCCUUGCCCGCUAGUGAAGGAAGUAUACCUUGUCCACGACCCGCAACCCGACCCCGCAGCCGACGCGUCGCUGUCAUCCUCCGGCAGUGUAAGCGUACAAAAGCGGUAUGAGAUUGUCAAGAAGGCUGAGGAAUUGGAGUUGGUUUGGGAUCCCGAGGGCCAAGUCUGGCUUGAGCAUGCCGCUGAGGCUGGUUCUCUCGACCAGUUUGUUCAUCAGGCUGCCGAGGAGUUGCUCCAGGAGCUCACUAACUACCACAUCCAAGAGUUCAACAUCCGUUCUAUACACGCCGUAGGGCAGUAA